UUUGUGCCCUGAUUAUUUCCCGGUACUUGGUCUCCAGACGAAUGACGAGUCGGUUUUUCCCUGGAAUCAGUGUUUAUACAGAUUAAUUCAUGUUUAAAAGGGCUUCUUAUCUCCUUAUUUAGAUUUCUUUUUUUUGCGUCCCUCACUUUCCUUCUUUCCUCCAGCCUGCAGUGUUCAUCAACAGUUCAGACCAGCAGAAGCAGCUGCCGUUUUUAGCGGGAUUACUCAUUGUCUCAGGUUUUCCCAGCGAGGCCGAGUCCUGCAUCGUGUUAUUCGAGUCGCUGUGAUGAAAGACAUGAGAGAGAAGCAAAAAGGGGGGAGAGAGAGGGGGACAAUCCGAGGUGUGCGGCUGGACGGAUCGAGGCUGGGGGAGAACCAGCAGGGAAGGGGAGGGUGUCCCUGGAACCUGAUCCCCUCACUCAGGCUCAAUUUGGGAAUGUGACUUUGUCCCCAAACAGAGAGAGAGAGAGAGAAAGGCUGUGGUAAGGCCCCAAGGGUUGAGACCGAUUCAGCGAGCCACUCUGAUAAGGGGGGUUUGCGAGACAAAAAAAGCAAGGGAUGGAUGGAAUGAGUGGACGAAACAAAAGAGAUGAAAGCAAUAGAUCAGAGGAUGGACGGAGAGGUGAGGGAAAACAGCAACAGGAUCAAGAGGUCGACACUGAAGAAUUUCCAAAGGAGGCGGGGGGAGAAAGAGCGUGAAGUACAUUACGGGUUGAAAUGAGAGACAGAAGCCCUGUAACUGCUGACGGGGUCGAAAAGCAAGAGAAGAAGAGUGCAGCUAACCUGAUGGGAGAGUCCAGAGGAGGAGGAAGAGGAGGAGGAGGACGAAGAGGAGAAUUCAAGCUACGUCGAUCAGUCCUUUAUCUCUCCUUUCAUCCCUUAUUUUAAAGUUGUGCAGCAGCCCUGCGCAAGGAAGGCGGCGUUUAUCACGCUUAUCCCGCGGACAGAUCUCGAACAAACACUAAAGCGGAAGCGACGCCGUAGGGAAAAAUUAAUCCGGAUCGAACAACAAGUUCUGAGGAUUUCCGCCCGGACUGCUGAUUUCUUUCACCUCAGAGUCGCAUCAUUGAUGACCAUGUGAAGAUCUCCUUGCCCUGUGAUUCUAAGUUUUGCCUAAUCUUCAUGAGCUUAAAAAAAUAAAUGGAGGCUGAAGAAGGACUCAGUUUGUUAUCUGCAGCACUUUAGCUGCGACAUGGGAAGUUUGUGAAUGCUUAGAGUGUGUUAUGGGCCAGAGUGUGGUGUGGGUUACAUGGUUCAUGACUUGUAUCUGGAUUAAGAAGACCACCAGGUGAUCACGUUAAUACUCUAGCAAUGUUCCUCCAACCGUAUUUAAAACCCAGAUCUUUAAGCAACAUUUUAAGCCUGAUCAUGCUCGUUUAAUCCGGGUCCUUAUCUUCUGCAGCCGUUUCUUGAGAAAGUUCUUAUCUGAAGCUUUCGUGUUUUGGAGACCAGCGCAGUGGGAUAUCGCAUCUGUCAGCGGCACAGUUUAAAAAGUCCCUCGUCUGUUGUUGACACUUGCAAAUAACAUCCACGGCGUGUGAUGGCUUUUACACGUCUGGACUGUGUAAAAGUGCAGCAAUCCGCGCCUUUAUUUAUGCGCGCCUGCUCUCGGGAGGAAUGACCUAACAUGGAAGCGCUGACUUCUCUCCGCUCAUCAACAAAGUAAAUGAGGCCGGAGAGGACGGAUCUCUCUUUUUUUUUUUCCUUUUCUUGUGCGCGAGUCGGCUCGGCUGACGUUUUCUCAUAAAUAUCUCACACUUCCUCUGUUUUUGUCUCGUUCCAACCAAACUCCUUUUGAACUGAAGCGGUCUGAAGGCGCUUCAGUGACGAGUAUCAUGGCCCUCGCUGGCGCACAUUAGCUCGGUUAAAAAAAACAAAAAACAAAGCCAAAAAGCCUUCCACUCACAAAGAGAGGGCCCCUAAAAAUCCUCCCAGUCAUGGGUAUCCAAGGUAUGGAACUGUUUGCCAUAGCAGUGGUCAUUAUUCUCUUCGUGGCCGUCCUUAAGCAGUUUGGCAUCCUGGAGCCCAUGUCUCUGGAAGACGGUGAGCAUAAUCACGGUGAAAACCGACCCAGACGUUUUGUCCUCUGUUCACUUUUUUCUUCCUCUGUCUUGCUGUCGUCUCGUGGACUUUGUCUCUGUCGUCUCUGUGGUCUCUGUGUCUUGGUGUGGCGGUGCUUUCUGUUUCCAACUGUGUGAUUGGUUCCUUUCGAUCUAUUCAUCCAUCUUUUAUUCUUCAACGCUAAAUAUCUAGCAUGUUAGAGCGAGAAAAAAAAAACGGAAAAAUUUAACCUUUCUGCUCCAGGUUAACGUGGUUGGAGUGUAAGAGGAGCUUCUAGCUAACGGUUUAGCAUCGAGGCACUAUUUAGGAAAAAUAGAGGAUUCUUAAGGGUUCUGUUUAUUUACACAGAACCUGUGAGUGCUUUAUUAUGCUAGAUUUAUGGAAAACAAAACCAGAUAUGUGGAUAUAAAAAAUUAAAUACCACAAAUCAAAUGAUUAUAUGAAUCAUUUCUAAUGAACUGUUCUUAUUAUCAGUCUUUAGGCCAUGCCUACUUUUGUAAAACUUUUCUAAUCCUAGUGUCAGAACCCACAAACCUGACACCGUUUUAGCACGAUGCUAAUCUGGAGGCUAUGAUCCUUCCCCUUAUGUUUCAGCCAGGCUCGUUCUUUUAAAACGAUCAUAUUAGCCAAUCACACAGAAAAAGGCUUCCCUUUUGUCCACAUGUCCAUUUCUGUCUUUAUCUCUUUCUUUCUCUUUACUUGUCUUCCACUACUAUGCUAACUCUUUCUCGAUCUCACUCCCCCCCUUCCUUCCUUCAUUCCCAUGGCUCGUUCACUCCAUCACUCCAUCCUGUCUGUCGAACCUGUGUCCCGUUUCAUCCCUCUCUCCCUCCCUCCCUCCCUCCCUGUCUCAUUCUCUGCCCCUCUUCUCCUGUCUUCCGUCACUGUUUUUCUCCCGUAGACAGCAGCGACAGCGACUUGGAGCUGGCCACCGUCAGGCACCAACCCGAGGGCCUGGAGCAGCUGCAGGCUCAGACCAAGUUCACCCGCAAGGAGCUGCAGUCGCUCUACAGGGGCUUCAAAAACGAAUGCCCGAGUGGCCUGGUCGAUGAGGAAACUUUCAAGACCAUCUACUCUCAGUUUUUUCCCCAAGGAGGUAAAAAAGGGACCUAUUUUAUUUCUUUUUUUGUGACGUAUUUAAAAACAAAAACACUUUUUUUAUUUAUACGGUUUUCUUUUCUUUUCCUAGACGCCACCACGUACGCUCACUUCCUGUUUAACGCUUUCGAUCUGGACAGAAACGGCUCCAUUCGCUUCGAGGAUUUUGUGAUCGGUCUGUCCGUGCUCCUGAGGGGCUCCGUCACCGAGAAGCUCAACUGGGCCUUCAACCUGUAUGACAUCAACAAAGAUGGCUACAUCACCAAAGAGGAAAUGCUGCUGAUCAUGAAGUCUAUCUACGACAUGAUGGGCAGAUACACUUACCCCAGCGUACGGGAUGAAGCACCAUCUGAACAUGUGGAGAAGUUCUUUCAGAAAAUGGACAGAAAUCAAGACGGCGUGGUGACCAUCGAGGAGUUCAUUGAGACGUGUCAGAAGGACGAAAACAUCAUGAGCUCCAUGCAACUCUUCGAGAAUGUGAUAUAAAGAUAUAUAAAGCAGACCAACAACAACAACAACAAACUCCUGGGGGGAAAAAAAAGAAAAACACUCCUUCAUUAUUUAAAUCUUCUCACACCGAGCCAGGAGCACAGCAUCCGGCACCCCAACUGGCACCGAUAAAGACAAGACACGGGG